CGGAAGUGUGUCUGUCACUGCAAUCGCUGACGACUCGUUUCCUUUCAGAGCAUCCCCGAAAACUAUCUGCACAACCUUUUAUACCUUUUAUAUUAGAUUAAUUGCUUUAAAGGUGGUGUUGAAUAUGAGUACCCGGGGCUAGCUGUGCGGCUAACGGGAGCGGUAGGGGACAUGGAGGUAGCACAGCUCGGUUCGUCGUGUCCACGGAGAGUCUGCUGAUGCACCAUGAUUCCCGUGUCUGUGCUGGUGUGUGUGAUGGCAGCCUGGUGUGCUGUCUAUCUCACCGACACUCUGCUCAGGUCGUCAGCAACACACCGGUUCAGCUACGAGUCAUGGCUGGCGAGUCGAGGCCUGAUGUUGUCUCCCUUCCAUGUGAGAUGGCAGACCACCAUGUUCAACCGCCUGUUUGCCUACUGUGCUCGCAUCAAGCCCCAGGCGCUGUACCUCUGGUUCAGCAGCGGCCUGGUGUUUGGUGUGGUGGCCAUGCUGGGGUCGGUGGUGCUGCUGAUAAAGACGCUGCAGCAGACCCUCGCUCAGAUGACCACAGACAACCCUCGGAUCGGAGGCCAGCAGACACUGCAGGUGGUGGUCCCUGGUGUCAAUCUGCCAACCAGUCAGCUGGCCUACUUUUUCAUCGCUCUGCUCCUCAGUGGAGUUAUCCAUGAGCUUGGCCACGCCGUGGCAGCACUGAGAGAGCAGGUCCGAGUGAACGGCUUCGGGAUGUUCGUCUUCGUGGUGUAUCCCGGUGCGUUUGUGGACCUCUUCACCACACACCUCAACCUCAUAUCACCCACUCAGCAGCUCCGGAUCUUCUGUGCCGGUGUGUGGCACAACUUCGUCCUGUGCGUGGCUGCGUUGGCCUUCCUCUUCCUGUUGCCUGUGUUUCUAUUCCCCAUGUAUUCGACAGGCGGAGGGGCGCUGGUCAUAGAGGUUGUACAGGGCUCUGCUGCCGACGGUCCCAGAGGUUUAUCCGUCGGAGACAUCGUGACAGGGCUGGAGGACUGUCCAGUCAGGGGAGUGGAGGACUGGACCAGCUGCCUGUCUCACCUUUCCCAGACCCCACAGACCGGAUACUGUGUUCCCACUGCCAGUCUACAACCGAGCUGGGCCCACGGACGAGCGUUUAAGCGUCUGGAUGGAACGAUGGACUGCUGCAGCAACAACAGCCUGACAGACCUGUGUUUCUCUUACAUUAAUCCGCAGGGCAAGCACGUCAAAGAGAGAGAGUACGCCUGCAUGCCCGUACGGAAGAUGGUAACAGGCACGCGAGUGUGUCGCACGGACGACGACUGCGCCGCACACUCGCACGUCGCCAGCGUUUGCGUCACUCCAUCUCUGGAGAACCAGACUCGCUUCAUCCGCGUCACGCACACCCCGAACACGCAAAUGCUGUUCGUGGGGUAUCCGCCACACCUUCAGUACGCCGUGAGCCUGACUAACUUCGUACCCCGGUUUGGUUUCCUCCAUCUGGAUCUACCUGUCUUCUUGGAGACUUUCUGCAAAUACGUGGUGUCACUCUCUGGUGCAUUAGCGGUAGUCAACUCUGUGCCGUGCUUCGCUCUGGACGGUCAGUGGAUGCUCAACGCCCUGCUGGAGGCCACGCUGGUUACUGUGGUAACGGACCGGCAGAAGCGCGAGCUGAUUGGUUUCUUCCUGCUGCUGGCAGGCAGCGCUCUGCUGGCGGCCAAUGUGGCACUGGGUCUGUGGAUGGUUACGGCGAGGUAGUCUCAGUAGUUAGCUGCCCUGGCAAGGCAAAAAAAAAAAAAACAUUCAAGCCCCAUGUGGACUCAGAAUUGUCCUCACAGGACGUGUUUGAGGCAUUUGGACCAUUAAACUGUGAACAUACAGGGAAAAGACUGCAUUACCCAGCAGUCCUGCCUAAUUUCUGGGGACUGUUCAGCAGAACAUUACUCGGCCUUUAAGCUUUUACUGGACCACCAGGGAAAACAAUUAACAACCGAUUUCUUCCACACUAUUACCGCCAUAUACACAAAAGCACACAUACAAAUAAAUAAUGCACUUACUGUUAAGCACUGUCACAUGUGACUGUUUACAAAGACUGCACAAUCCUCCCAAAUAUGGAUAUCUGUGUAUAGAAGUAUGUGUAUGUGUUUGACAUGAGUGAGAGAACAGUCAUGGUGUUGCAGGGGUUUGAUUCCAAAAUGCCAUAUUUCCCCGUCGAGCACCAACAAGGUGUGUUUUCUUGGCUACAGUGUAGUUUAGAGCAGUAGAGGCAGCCGACAAAAAAAAAAGAGCUGCUGAGAAACAGUAGCGCAAUACUUUUCCACAGACUAGAAUUAAUAAAAAAUAAAAAAAAAAUAAAAAUAAAAAUCAACAAGCUUUAAUGCAUGGAGAUACUUGCAUAUUGAGUUCUAGUAUCUAAUAUUCAAGAAAUCCAUUCAUUACUUUGAAAAAAUGUGCAUUUGUCUUAAAUUUUGUAUAAUGUGUUGAACACAGGGUACGUUUUUUCCAAAUGAAGUCGAUUCAUUCAGUCCAACUCAAGUGUCUUUCUCUUUCUCGGGCAUUUCAGUGGGUUAACGACCUUAUGAACCUUUGACUCUUGGCCGCUCACUGUCAGUGAUGGAAAUGUAAAUGGUUUGUCAAACUUGUGGAAUAAAAUUGAAUUUUAUUUAAAGUGUUUACUGUCGAGGUGUUUGAUAAAUAAAAUGUUCAGCUUAUGAUUA